AUGAGUCCUGCCCUGCCCUGGGUCCUUCCCCUUGGAUGUGUACUGCUCCUGGCACAGGCAGGCGAAUGCUUUAUCUUGCCCAACUCGAGUCACCUGGAGAGCAUUUUGAGUAAAUAUCAGGAUGGGGAAACUCACUCCAGAUCCAAGAGAGCCAUUUUAUUCUCAGACAGACAAGAAAUAUUGAUGCUCCACAAUAAACUGAGAGGUCAAGUGUACCCAGCAGCUUCUAAUAUGGAAUACAUGACCUGGGAUGAUGAGCUGGAAAGAUCAGCCCAUGCCUGGGCUCUGCAGUGCAAGUGGGACCAUGGGCCCAGUGCCCUCAUCAGGUCAAUCGGACAGAACUUGGCGGUUCACUGGGGCAGGUAUCGGUCUCCAGCUUUCCAUGUCCAGUCUUGGUACGAUGAAGUGAAGGAUUACACCUACCCGUAUCCUCACGAGUGCAACCCGUGGUGCCCGGAGAAAUGCACGGGCUCCAUGUGCACGCAUUACACCCAGAUAGUCUGGGCCACAACGAACAAGAUCGGCUGUGCCGUGAACGUCUGCAAGCAGAUGAACGUCUGGGGAGAAAUCUGGGAGGACGCCGUCUACCUGGUCUGCAACUACUCGCCCAAGGGCAACUGGAUCGGAGAAGCUCCGUACAAGACCGGCCGCCCCUGCUCUGAGUGCCCGCCGAGCUACGGAGGAGGCUGCCAGAACAACCUCUGCUACAAAGAUUACCGUUACGAAGAUCCGGUCAUCGCUGAGACGGACGAGACUAACGAGGUGGAGAUUUCGCAGGUGGCAGAGCAAAACCCGGUGUGGUUCCACCCUCCGGAAAGCAAGCCCAGCAAACCCAUCAAGCCCAAGAAAAUCAUCCCGGAAUCCUACAUGACACAAGUCAUUACCUGUGAAACCAAGAUGAGAGACAAAUGCAGAGGCUCAACAUGCAACAGGUAUUUGUGCCCAGCUGGCUGCUUGUACAGUAAGGGAAAGAUCUUUGGAACAUUUUAUUAUGAGAGUUCCUCAAGUAUAUGUCGUGCUGCGAUUCAUUACGGCAUCCUGGACAAUAAAGGAGGACUGGUUGAUAUCACGAGGAAGGGGAGGACGCCAGGUUUUGUGAAGUCUACCAGGAACGGCGUGGAGUCUUUUAGGAAAAGUAAACCUUCAAAUGCCUUCAUGGUUUCCAAAGUCACAACACAGACGCUGGAUUGCGAUUGAUACACGACGGUAGCUGAGCUGUGCCAGUUCAAAAAGCCGGCGACCCACUGCCCAAGGGUUUAUUGUCCAGCCUACUGUAAAGACGAGCCGUCGUACUGGGCACCCGUGUUUGGCACAAAUGUUUAUGCAGAUAGCUCCAGUAUCUGCAAGACUGCAGUGCAUGCAGGAGUCAUUUCAGAUGAAAGAGGUGGUUUUGUGGACGUGAUGCCUGUAGAAAAGAAGAAAAGUUAUGUUGGCUCCUUAAAGAACGGAGUCCAGUCUGAGAGCUUGAAGAAUCCUUCAGAUGGAAAUGCUUUCCGAAUUUUUGCUGUGAAGCAGUAA